AUGAAGUGGCUGCAACGAGCAAUGCUAGGAUUGAUCAGUCCCAGUCCACCGAGGAGGCCACCGAAGCCACGGAGGUGCCAGAGAACGGCGGGAGUGAAACGGAGCCAGCCCAGGUCCGGACUGGCCCCCUUACAGAACAUGUGUUUACCGAUCCAGUUCCAGCUCAGGCACCUGCAAGGCAGAACAGGCAUGUAAAAGGGCGUGUUCUUGUGGCUCUGGCAGACGGGACCCUUGCCAUAUUCCAUCGGGGAGAAGAUGGUCAAUGGGAUCUCAGCAACUACCAUCUCAUGGAUCUAGGCCACACCCAUCACUCCAUUCGCUGCAUGGCUGUGGUAUACGACCGAGUGUGGUGUGGCUAUAAGAACAAAAUUCAUGUCAUCCAGCCAAAGACAAUGCAGAUUGAGAAGUCCUUUGACGCCCAUCCUCGCCGGGAGAGCCAGAUCCGGCAGCUGGCCUGGAUUGGAGAUGGGGUUUGGGUUUCCAUCCGUCUGGACUCCACCCUACGCCUCUAUCAUGCCCACACUCAUCAACAUCUUCAGGAUGUGGAUAUUGAGCCUUAUGUCAGCAAAAUGUUAGGGACUGGAAAAUUAGGUUUCUCCUUUGUGCGGAUCACAGCUUUACUCAUCGCUGGCAAUCGCCUGUGGGUCGGCACGGGCAACGGAGUGGUCAUUUCUAUCCCUUUGACCGAGACUGUAGUCCUUCACCGAGGUCAACUUCUUGGGCUCAGGGCUAACAAGACCUCGCCAACAUCUGGAGAAGGGAACCGCCCUGGAGGUAUCAUCCAUGUCUACGGUGGAGAUGACGGCAAUGACAAGUCCACCAGUAGCUUCAUCCCCUAUUGUUCUAUGGCGCAAGCCCAGCUCUGUUUCCAUGGACACCGUGAUGCAGUCAAGUUCUUUGUCUCCGUGCCUGGUCAUGUCCUGGAUAGUCCUUCAGAGAACCCCAGCACAGAUGCCGUGGAGGAGGAAGGACAGAAGCUGAAAAAUGUCCUGGUCUUAAGCGGUGGUGAAGGAUACAUUGACUUCCGGAUCGGAGACGGAGAAGACGACGAGAGUGAAGACAACACGGGCGAUGCUGCCCAGGUGAAGCCUAUUCUCUCUAAGGCCGAACGAAGCCACAUCAUUGUCUGGCAGGUGUCCUACAUCCCCGAAUGA